AUGGGUUUGCUCACAAACAGAGUGGAGAAGAGUGAAAUUAAUCCAGGGGAUCAUAUCUACACUUACAGAGCAGUCUUUGCAUACUCUCAUCAUGGCAUCUUUGUGGGGUCGAACAAGGUGGUCCACUUCACCCGGGUCGAUACCUCGUCCUCUGGGCCGCAUGAGCCAAACACACAAUGCCUGACAUCGUCCCCGGACUGUGGCUUCAGACGGCCCCACAGUGGAGUCGUUCUCUCUUGUCUCGACUGCUUCCUCCGAGGUGGGUCCCUCUACGCCUUCGAGUACGGGGUAACUCCCUCAGCAUUCCUCGCCAAAAUCCGUGGCGGCACGUGCACCACCGCACCCUCCGACUCGCCCGGGGCCGCCAUCCACCGAGCCAUGUAUUUGCUCAGCAACGGCUUUGGGAAUUAUGACGUGUUCCUUAACAACUGUGAGGAUUUCGCCCUCUACUGCAAGACGAGCCUGCUGACAGUUGACAGGGCCGGGGUGGGGAGGAGCGGGCAGGCCUCGUCCGUGAUCGGGGCCCCGCUGGCCGCCCUGCUCUCGUCCCCACUCAAGCUGCUGAUGCCGGGCCCAGUUGGGGUGGCGGCAGCCACAGCCGGUGUGUACUGUGCCAGCCGCUACGCAACCGAUAUUGGGGUGCGGACAGACGUGGUGAAGGUGGCGGUGGAGGACCUGGCUGUGAACCUUGGGUGGGGAGACGAUGGCUUGAUCACCGUGGAUUAG